AUGGCUGCUCCAAUUAUACAGUCUGCUGUUCAGGGAUAUAUUGGUACUAUUUUUGCUUAUGGACAGACUGCUUCAGGCAAAACCUAUACAAUGCUGGGGACAAAAGAUUGUCCAGGUAUUUUACCUAUGGCCAUCAAUGAUGUCUUCAAUACCAUCUGUAGAAUUCCAGACAGGGAGUUCCUUCUCCGUAUAUCAUACAUGGAAAUUCACAAUGAGACUAUACAGGACCUACUGUGCAGCGACAUUAGGAAAAAGAAGCCAUUGGUUGUUCGUGAAGACAUCAAUAGGACUAUUUACGUUGAAGAUCUGAGUGAAGAGGUGGUGGUUUCUCCAGAGCAAGUUUUGAGCUGGCUAAAGAAAGGCAAAAAAAACAGGCACUAUGGUGAGACAAAAAUGAAUGAAAGAAGUAGCCGUUCACAUACCAUCUUCAGAAUGAUAAUUGAAAGUAAAGAAAAGACGGAGACCUCUAGUUCAAACUAUGAAGGGGCUGUCAUGGUCUCUCACUUGAAUUUGGUAGAUCUGGCAGGAAGUGAAAGAGCUAGCCAAACAGGUGCUGAAGGGAUUCGACUUAAAGAAGGCUGCAAUAUAAACCGGAGCCUCUUCAUCUUGGGCCAAGUAAUCAAGAAACUUUGUGACGAUCAGUCUGGAGGUUACAUUAACUACAGAGAUAGCAAGCUGACGCGGAUUCUUCAGAAUUCACUAGGUGGAAAUGCUAAGACAGUUAUUAUCUGUACAGUUACUCCAGUAUCCCUGGAAGAAACUCUUAGCACCCUCCAGUUCGCUAGUACAGCUAAAAAGAUGAAAAAUAGCCCCAAAGUAAACGAAGUUCUGGAUGAUGACGCCCUUCUGAAGAGAUAUCGUAAAGAAAUAGAAGACUUGAAACGACGCUUGGAAGAAGUGUCAUCACACUCUCAGCUAACGCAGAUCCUAGAGAAGAACUCUCUUCAAAAAGAACAGCAAGAGAAAAUAAGGAGUCUCACUGAGAUGCUGGUGACAGCAUCCUCUUUUGCACAAGGACAAGAGUUAAAAGUUAGAAGAAAGAGGAGAGUUACCUGGGCUCCUGGAAGUCUCGAAGGAGGGGAAUGUUUCCUGGAAGACUUUCCCACAACACCCAAACACUUUAAAGCCUCUUUGUCUUCUCUAACAGAGAUGGAAGAAUCUGUAUCCUCGGAGUUCUCAGAAUAUGAUGAUCAGUACAUUAUAGCCGGUGCUAUAAUACCUGAAGAGGAGUGGAUUCCAGCAUCUAAAGCUGGUUUGACUCAUAAAGAUUUUGCAGAUUCUGUCGUGCUUUGUGAAAGCCUUGCAGAGGAGAGGGAUAAUGCUGUCACUGAACAGAAAGCCAUGACAGCAAAAGUUGAGAACCUGCAAUUGGAGAAAGAACAAAUGGCCUGUGAGAUCAGAGAGCUGAAGGAGAAAAUAUCCACUGAUGAGUUUGUGUUGCUUGAAAAAGAGACAGCUAAAGAGCAGGAGGUCCCAUUGAAAUUAAUGUGA